UGCGCAAUGGAACAAAGUCGGAAUAUUGAGAUGUGACAUUGCCUGCAUCUCAUCCUCUUUCUCGCUUUUAAUGACUUCAAACAAGUUGAUUUUUGCUGGACUUUUGCAGAGGACCCAAGGGGAUGUCUAGCGGUCAUUUCUUUCACUGGCAUUUGUGUGAUGUCUUCAAGUGUACCAUGCGCUGUCUCUCGUGCACCCACACCCUGUCGCUGGUGCUGUGCGUCCUCGCGUUGACUCCCGCGACACUGGAGGCGGUGCCGGAGACCUUGUGCGGGGCGGAGCUUGUGGACACGCUGCAGUUUGUGUGCGGAGACAGGGGAUUUUAUUUCAGCAAACCGACGGGAUAUGGGCCCAGUUCGAGACGGUCGCACAACCGCGGCAUCGUGGAUGAAUGCUGCUUUCAGAGCUGCGAACUGCGGCGGCUGGAGAUGUACUGUGCGCCUGUGAAGUCCGGCAAAACUCCACGAUCUAUAAGGGCGCAAAGGCACACAGACACCCCAAGGACACCAAAGAAAUCUACAUCUGGACAUAGCCACUCUUCCUGUAAGGAGGUCCAUCAGAAGAACUCGAGCCGAGGAAACACAGGAGGCAGAAACUAUCGCAUGUAGAAGGAACAGAGAAACACAAGUGAAAUUGAUGGAGAGAAAAGGGUGUGGCCUUAACUGGUCAUCCAGGGACUUGCUUCACUGUAAAAACAAGAUACUGGAUGAAUAAGCCCCAUAUUAAGAAAACCAAACGUUCAACUACAGAGAAAAUCUGAAGAUUUUAUACACUGCACCAUUCUAUAAUGGGGGGAAAAGGUUAAAUUAGCUGCUAUUAAAAGUCAAACGAUAACUGUUCCUUUACCUCUAUGUGUGAACUCUUGUGCCCGGUGGAUGCCGAUUGCUUCUUAUAGUGGCAGAACAUGCCGUUUCCCAAAUAUUGACCCUUAUCGAUGCCAGUUCAUUUCAAAGUGCUGAGGUCCAUAUUCCACAGAUUUCUCAUGGCAGGACAGCCGCUGGAAAGAGGCAAAGGAUGAUUAGUGGAAAGGUCAUGGACUCCCCCGACUACCCAUUAUUUAGAUUUUUAUCUUAGUUACCAAUUCCAAAUCUAAUUUGAUCUAAAACAUGGGCACAUUCGCUGUCUUAUCUAUGUGCUGCCUGUAUACAAAAUGUUUGCAAGAUCCACCACAUGGCAGGCGGUUCACUAUGACAGCAGACGCCAUCUAGAUGUUUUAGACCAGAUGGACUUGACUGCACAGAGAGAUGCUGGAGAGUUUUGUUUAAAAAAAAAGCUAAAACCCCCUCAAGAUCAGAUCAAGGGGGAUUAUACAAAAGCCUUGCGCAGAUGCGCAGAGGUGCUCAAGCAUUGCUGCAAUGGGCUCUCGAGAGCAAAAUCGUGGCAGUUUAGAGUUGGAAUAUGACCUACAUCUUGAGUUUUUGUUUGUGUGCGUGUCAAACUGGGGAGAGAUCUCUGCUAGGGAGGGAGCCAUUCAUCAACCACACCACAAAAAUUGCUUGCGAUCUAAAAGUAGACACGCAAAGAAAAGUAUUUGCAAAAGAACGACUCUCACACAGAUGCACGUGUAGCAAACCUGGGAUUACCAUCUUCAUAACGGACAAUAAAGCUCACUUUGCUUUGAAGGAGGUCGCAGGAUCUUUCUGGAAAAAAGACUAGUCACGUUAACCAGACUGAUACUCAAUACCUCCAUGAAACCCCAGUCCAAGCCACUAGAGGGUUUCGGAGCGUGACCCUGGCUUUUUGCACAUCCCCUCUCACCCCGCAUGGUGAUGUCAUCCUUUCUGACCCCAACGGAUUACGUCAACCCACACUGUCUACGCUGUAUAUCUAUACUCGACCUAUAUUAAUCUUACAUUCUCUAACCAUAAUCGUAUGUGAUGGCAUCAUAUAGCUGAAGCGUAUAAAUGAUCAACCCACUGUUAACUGGUGCUAUUUUGUAGUUUGAUAAUUGCAGGGGUUGGCUGCAAACCGGAAAUGACUUUAAAAGCUCAACGUUGGAAGUCUUCCCUUUUGCACAGCCUGGUGGCCACCAUUGUAAUAAUAUUCUUUUUUAUUUAGGAUUAUUUUGAAGCUGUUUCAAUAAGGUAACGGUGUAAGCGAGUGAAAGUAUUUUUGUGAGAUCUGUGAAUGCAUGGAUAAAGAUACAAAACAUAACAAGAAAUGACGUUGCGGGCCCGAGCUGGCUGUUUUGGUUUCUUUACGAUUGUUACAUUAUUUUCAUUUAAAAAUACCUUGACAGGGAGUACUGUGAAUUCUCAACAUUACCAAGAUCACAAAUUAGCUUAUAUGCGCACUGCAUUUAUUUAGACAUUUUGGAAACGUUUCUACGACGUACAGUAUGAUGUAUUUGCAAUUGGCAGCGAAAUUGCGCAAAACAGUCUUAAGUGCAACAAAAAAAAGACUCCCCCUCAUCUCUGAGUAAUGACAGACUUACAGCGUACUUCAACCAGCUGUUUACAGUAUAAUUUGGCCAAAGCUGAUGCUUGGCUGACACAGUACAAGUCUGUUCACGGCUGCUGUUUUUCUUUUCGCUUGUCUAUGUUUUUACUCAUCGAUAUGUCUUGGGAGGUUUGUUUGGAAAAUUACACCAAAAUUAACUGGAAAAGGAGCAAAUGAAAAAGGUUUUAAACAGCAGCACAUUAGCCGUCCGAAGAUAAAUCAGCUGUCAAGGAGACAAUCCGCACGGCUAGAAAUUUUCAUAAAGGCAACCUUUUCUGAGAGAAAGCUUUGGGUUUUAAAUAUUUUUAACUGUAGCAUUUUAAGAGAACGCGUAUCUUCUCCAUUAGUAACAAUAGAACAUACAGAAUCAUAAGCAAUAGACUCAGUUCACCCAGAAUAGCUAUUAUGUGCACAUGUUAACGUUCUCACGUAAUACCAAAGACUUUAAAUAUCUGGUUAAAUGUUUGUUCAUUAAGAGCUUUUGGCAUCUUAAAACUAUUCGUCUUGAAUCUUCAAAUAGAAUAACACAAUAAGGAACAUAUUGCUAUGCUGAAGUUGUUCUGUUUCUUCUUAGGAUUAAAGACAGUUGAAGGUAAAAUAUAGGACUUUACUGUUGACUGUUGUGAAGUUUGUGGCAAUUUUGCUUUUGUUCCCAUAACCUUUCAGAACAUAAAUGAUAUAGAAGAUUCUGGGCAUUGGUCACAAGCAUUGAUCAUAACACAUUUUUAGAGUGUCAGGCUUACAUUACUGGUGCUCAAUUGCUUUCUGUAGAAAACAUGAAAAUACUGACAGAUGUUCACUGUUCCUGCUGAA